AUGUCUUCUAUGAACUUUAGUACUUCCAAGCAAUACGUUCGACCUCCCCAGCGUGGGAUAUUCCCACUCGAUCAUGAUGGGGAAUGUCGUCCAUUCAUGGAGUCAUAUCUCGAGUGCUUGAAGGUGUCCCGAGACACGCAUCACAAAUGCCGCGAUUUAUCCAAGGACUACUUGCAAUGCCGAAUGGACAAACAACUCAUGUCGGAAGAGAAUUUGGACAAUAUGGGCUACGCAGCCAAUAAGAAAGUUCAUGGUGCACAUGAAUACGACAAAGCGAAAGAAAAAGCUGGCUUCGUUGCUGGGAAGCACAUUGCGAAGAAAGAAAAGUGGUGGUUUCAGAAGUCGAACAAGGGUUGGAAAGAGAAGUCUGCUGAUGAGUCUGGAUCUCCAUCAACCGAUUAA